AAUGGAUUCUCCGAUGCUAGCCAAGAGACAAGAUAGUGGAUCAGGGUACAUGGACCUAAUGGAUCAAGAUCAGUUGAAGAUAGCAACAUAUAAUGUCCUCCUAACUCCAAAAUGGGGAAUUUUCAGAUGGCUUUGUGCUCCAAAGUUACGUUAUAAAUACCAAAUUGAGACUCUAUUACCCUCUCUUGGUGCUGAUAUUAUUUGUCUCCAAGAGUGUACAAGGGAAUACCUUCGAAUGUUGAAUAAAAGUUCUUUAUGAGAUUCAUACAUCAUAUCCAAUCAUGAAAUUAUCAGGGAUAAGCUUCAUUUUCCUUUGAUUUUAUCAAAAUUUCCAUUUGAAGAGCUUUUGAUCAGAGAUAGGGCAAUUUAUGGCCUUUUUGAACGAAAUAACAAACCUUUUAUUUGAAUCUGAAUACAUCUGAACACUUUGGGGAAGACCAAAGCCAUGAGGGCAAUAGAGUUAUCUAAAAUCAAUCAGAAUUUACAAAUAAUCUGUGAACUUGCUGAUGAAGAAAAUCAGAAAGCUAAGAUUAAGCAAGCAUUGGACCAGAACAACGUGAUUAUAUUAGGAGACUUCAACAUGCACUUUCCUAGUGAGAAUAAGAUCAUUGAGGCUUUAAAUUACAAAGAUUUGUGGCUUGACUCCCAUUCUCAUUUUACAGGAUAUACUUAUGAUGGCAGGACUAAUAAAUUAUUAUGGACUUUACAGCCAUUUGAUAAUCGAAGACUGAGGUUAGAUCGGAUCAUUCUGAAGAACCAAAGCCAUAUCGAGCCCUUAGAUAUUCAACUAUUUGGAAACAAGCUAAUUAACUCAUGGUGCAAAAAGAGACUCUUCCCAACGAUGCCAAGCGAUCAUUAUGGAAUCAUUUUAAAAUGCAAGUUAUCUAACCAAGCAGGGGAGCAGAAGAGGCUCAAUAUGUACCUAGAUGAAUUCAGAAUGCUCCCACAGGACAAAACAGGGUUCAGGAAGGUGUCCAGAAUCUGGCUGUACAGAACUCUUGCCUCUGUCUUGCUCUUUGUUGCCCUAUGUGCUUUCAUUUAUUACCUUUUGAAAGCAUUAUUUUAAAUCUUAAAU